CUUGGACGGACAGAUAUGGAAUUUUAUCAGCUUUGGUUUACAGUUCCAUAUGGACAACAUUUACGUGAUGUUAAAUCAGAGAGCCCAGUAGCCGGCCACCAAAUCUAUAUUAUGUAUGAAAUAGUAUUCCCGGUCCCGAGGAUACAUAUAAAUGGUAUACAACAUACACACAUACACGCAUAUAUAACACAUUAUGCACAGACACAGACAGGACACAUCGAUCGCCGAGGCUGGACGCUGACAAACACAAUGUCGCGAUGCAAUCUUCAACAGACAACUACCCGUCGCUUCGUUACUUGUCAUAUAUUACACUUCCCGAUCAAUAGCCCUCUCCGUACCUCUAUUCACCCUUAUAGCAGUCAGAGACGGUGA